ACCACCGUUCUCUCUCCAUCGGCAAUCGCCGUCAGCUCAUUAUCUCCGCCGCCAUUCACUAUCCCAGAAGCGUUCCAGCUAUGUGGCCAUCACUUGUUCAAACAGCUAAAGAAGGAGGCUGCAACGCAAUCGAAUCUUAUGUGUUUUGGAAUGGCCAUGAGCCAUCUCCUGGAAAGUAUUAUUUUGGUGGCCGGUAUAAUAUAGUGAAGUUCAUCAAGAUUGUUCAGCAAGCUGGAAUGCAUAUGAUUCUGCGCAUCGGUCCUUUUGUUGCGGCUGAGUGGAACUACGGGGGAGUCCCGGUUUGGCUGCAUUACGUGCCAGGAACAGUCUUCAGGGCGGAUAAUGAGCCAUGGAAGCAUUACAUGGAGAGUUUCACGACGUAUAUGGUAAACCUGUUGAAAAAAGAGAAGCUAUUCGCACCACAGGGCGGUCCAAUAAUCUUGUCUCAGGUGGAAAACGAGUACGGGUAUUAUGAAAAGGAUUACGGAGAAGGAGGGAAAAGGUAUGCUCAAUGGUCUGCUUCUAUGGCUGUUUCACAGAACAUUGGUGUUCCAUGGAUGAUGUGCCAGCAGUGGGAUGCCCCUCCGACUGUGAUUAGUACCUGCAAUGGCUUUUACUGUGACCAGUUCACACCUAAUACACCAGAUAAACCCAAGAUUUGGACUGAGAACUGGCCUGGAUGGUUUAAAACUUUUGGAGGCAGAGACCCUCACAGACCAGCAGAGGAUGUAGCUUACUCUGUUGCUCGGUUUUUCGGGAAAGGUGGAAGUGUUCACAAUUACUACAUGUAUCACGGAGGAACGAAUUUUGGACGUACUUCAGGAGGACCUUUUAUCACUACAAGCUAUGACUAUGAAGCUCCGAUCGAUGAGUAUGGAUUGCCUAGAUUACCAAAAUGGGGACACCUUAAGGAUCUCCACAAAGCUAUAAUGCUCUCUGAAAACUUGCUGAUCAAUGGCGAGCAUCAAAAUUUUACAUUAGGCCAUUCACUCGAGGCUGAUGUGUACACAGACUCUUCGGGAACUUGUGCUGCGUUUCUGUCAAACUUGGAUGAUAAAAAUGACAAGACGGUGAUGUUUCGAAACACGUCAUACCACUUGCCUGCUUGGUCAGUUAGCAUUCUACCUGACUGCAAGAACGAGGUUUUCAACACAGCAAAGGUAACUUCGAAGUUCUCCAAGGUUGAAAUGUUACCUGAAGAUUUGAGAUCUUCAUCAGGUCUUAAAUGGGAAGUGUUCUCCGAGAAACCGGGUAUUUGGGGAGAAGCAGACUUUGUGAAAAACGAACUUGUCGAUCAUAUCAACACCACCAAGGACACAACUGACUAUCUUUGGUACACAACAAGUAUAACAGUCAGUGAUAAUGAAGAGUUCCUAAAGAAAGGAAGUCCUCCUGUUCUGUUUAUUGAAUCAAAGGGACAUACUCUUCAUGUUUUCAUAAACAAAGAGUACUUAGGAACUGCGACAGGGAAUGGGACUCAUGUGCCUUUCAAACUCAAGAAAUCAGUUGCUCUCAAAGCGGGCGAAAACAAUAUUGAUUUGCUUAGCAUGACUGUUGGUCUUUCGAAUGCAGGAUCCUUUUAUGAAUGGGUUGGAGCUGGACUUACAAGCGUCUCAAUCAAAGGUUUCAACAAGGGCACAUUAAAUUUGACAAAUAGCAAAUGGUCCUACAAGCUCGGCGUGCAAGGAGAGCAUCUAGAACUGUUCAAGCCAGGUAACUCCGUGGAUGUGAAAUGGACGGUGACUACGAAACCUCCAAAGAAACAGCCUUUGACUUGGUAUAAGGUUGUGAUAGACCCACCUUCUGGGAGUGAGCCGGUGGGGCUUGAUAUGAUGAGUAUGGGAAAAGGCAUGGCAUGGUUAAACGGGGAAGAGAUAGGAAGAUAUUGGCCCAGGAUAGCAAGAAAGAGCACCCCGAAUGACGAAUGCGUAAAAGAAUGCGAUUACAGAGGCAAAUUCAUGCCGGAUAAAUGCCUAACUGGAUGUGGAGAGCCAUCUCAGAGAUGGUAUCAUGUUCCAAGAUCAUGGUUCAAGUCUUCCGGGAAUGAGCUGGUGAUCUUCGAGGAGAAAGGAGGCAAUCCCAUGAAUAUAAAGUUAUCCAAAAGGAAAGUUUCGGUGGUGGGUUGGCUAGAUAUGGAGGAGGAGGUUGAUGUGAUAAUUGUAAGUGAAUUGGGGAGGCUUGAAAUUGCAAGAGCAGCAGCGGCAAGGAAAAGAGGGAAAAAGUUAAGGGCUUGUUUGCGUAAGAGAAAUUCCCAACUGGCCUAUGGUUUUGAUUAUGGAUCUGACUUUUGCAUAGUUGAGCCUCCUGUGAGCAAUGAUUAUGAUGUCACCAUUUAUGCUAGGCUUGGACUCUACUGCUACAAUUUUCAAAAGGGGACAAACUUAAAGUUUGUGCGCUGGGAAAAGUAUAAUACUGAGUUCACUUCUUACUUUGACCACUACAUCACUUUGGCGGCAAGGGAUCCGUCCUGCAACUCUGUCUUCUCUUUUCAGACUGUGUUCAGUGCUGCUGGAUGUUCUACCGAAGAUACUUAUCUUGUAAAAACCUGGAGGGUCUUGGCCUGCAGACCCACAUGUGGCAAGCCUGUGAAUGAAUAUUGGGACCGGGAGAAAGAAAUAGAUCCCUUCUACACAGGUCUAAUGCCCAAAUGGUUGUCUGAUGAGGCCUUGGCCACUGACAACAAAAAGUAUUACGUGGUGCAAGAAUCAGAGCUGCAUGAGAAUGACUGGCUGCAUGUAUUCAUGGAAAUGGCAUUCUUACAAGCAAAUCCUGAAUUGGAGGCUGCCCCACCCUUGGAGAUCAUCAAGGUAGUUGUAGAAACUAAAGAAGAUUACAUAACUGAGGCGUGUGAGAAGCUCCACGCAGAGAAUGCAAUCUUCUAUAUAAGUUACAAGUGCACAGGUUUCCCUGGUGAUCACAUAGCUAUCACAUGGAAAAGUGGUUUCGUUGGUGAUCACAAAGCUAUCAUAAGGAAAACCAUGGAUGGGAUACCAGGACACAUGAGUCUUGAAAUUGCUUCUGAACGCCGGAAUAUUACUACUUUCCUAUCAGGGAUGAUUUCGGUUUUGAUUUUCCAGGGUUUUGAUUUUGGAUCUGACUUUAGAAUAAUUAAGCCUCCUGUGUACGGUGAUUAUGAUCUCACCCUUUAUGCUAGGCUUGGACUCUACUGCUACAAUUUUCAAAAGGGAACAAACAUUAAGUUUAAGAGUUGGGAAAAGUAUAAUACUAUGUACACUUCUUACCUUGACUACUACAUCACUUUGGAGGCAAUGGAUCCGACCUCCAAAUCUGCCUUCUCUUUUCAAACUUUGUUCAGUGCUUCUGGGUGUACUAGGGAAGGUACCUAUGUUAUACAUACCUGGAGGAUCUUGGCCUGCAGACCCACAUGUAACAAGCCUGUGAAUGAUUAUUGGGACCGGGAGAAAGAAAUAGAUCCCUUCUACACAGGUGAAAUGCCCAAAUGGUUGUCUGAUGAGGCCUUUGCCACUGACAACAAAAAGUAUUACGUGGUGCAAGAAUCAGAGCUGCAUGAGAAUGACUGGCUGCAUCUAUUCAUCGAAAUCGCAUUCUUGAAAGAAAAUCCUGAAUUGGAGGCUGCCCCACCCUUGGAGAUCAUCAAGGUAGUUGUAGAAACUAAAGAAGAUUACAUAACUGAGGCGCGUGAGAAGCUCCACGCAGAGAAUGCAAUCUUCUACAUAAGUUACAAGCAUAUAGGUCUUUCUUCAAGUGAUCACAAAGCUAUAAUAAGGAAAACCAUGGAUGGGAUACCAGAACAUAUGAGUCUUGAAAUUGCUUCUAAACGCCGGGCUUGGCUAGAAGAUAUGGAUGUGGUGGCGAUAAGUGAAUUCGGGAGGCUUGAAAUUGCAAGAUCAUCGACGUCAAGGCAAAGAAUGAAAAAGUUAAGGGCUUGGCUUAAGAAAAAUCACCAACUGGCCUAUGUAAAAUUCUUGAUUCUGAUCUCUCAAUUAGAGGGUUUUGAUUUUGGAUGCUCUUCCUCUGAAUUUAAAAUAGUUAGGCCUCGUUUGCGCGAUGAUUAUGAUCAUCUCACCCUUUAUGCUAGGCUUGGUCUCUACUGCUACAAUUUUCACAAGGGGACAGACUUUAAGUUUGUGCGCUGGGAAAAGUAUAAUACUAUGUACACUUGUGACUUGGACUACUACAUAACUCUGGAGGCAAUGGAUCCGGCCUCCAACUCUGUCUUCUCUUUUCAGAUUUUGUUCAGCGAUGCUGGAUGUAUAGACGAGGACACCUAUGUUGUAGAUACCUGGAGGAUCUUUGCCUGCAGACCCACAUGUAACAAGUCUGUGGAUGAUUAUUGGGAUCGUGAUGAAGAAAUAGAUCCUUUCUACACAGGUGAAAUGCCCAAAUGGUUGUCUGAUGAGGCCUUGACCAAUGACAAUAAAAAGUAUUACGUGGUGCAAGAAUCAGAGCUGCAUGAGAAUGAAUGGCUGCAUCUAUUCAUCGAGAUCGCAUUCUACUCCAAAGCCAAAACAAAUCCUGAAUUGGUGGAGAUCAACAAGGUAGUUGUAGAAACUAAAGAAGAUUACAUAACUGAGGCGCGCGAGAAGCUCCACGCAGAGAAUGCAAUAUUUUACAUUAGUUACAAGUAUACAGGUGUUUCGUCAAGCGGUCUCGCUGGUGAUCACAAAGCUAUCAUAAGGAAAACCAUGGAUGGGAUAACAGAACAUAUGAGUCUUGAAGUUGCUUCUGAACACGGGUGAUCACAAAGCGAUUGUAAGUAUAGGACAAGAAUCAGAUGUUUGUGAUUGACUUUGUGUUAAUGUCUACAACUCUAGGGACUAGAACGAGUGGGAUCUAUAUAUGUAUAUUAGCCUUCGCUGUGGGCUAUAUGUUUGCAAUGCAUACUAGUAAUUUGUAUGAUAAUCAAUCAAACAAGCUGUA